AUGGCGGACAGUACUACUCUUCCGAGCACUGCACGUGAUCUCGAUGACCCGAUCCGCCACAACCGUAUAUGGGCCGUACUGGUGGCUGUGAACACUUACGCCCACAGAGAGGCCAAGCCUCUCCGCGGCGCUGUCAACGACAGCGACGAUUUCUACGAUCUCCUCACAAUCACCUUGAAGGUCCAUUCCAGCCACAUUGUUCGACUCAGCAACGAGGAGGCGACACGCACCCGGAUACUUGAUGUAUUGUUCAGCCAUCUCAUCAAUAACUCGGCUAUCGAGCGCGGCGACACGAUCGUAUUCUAUUAUGCAGGCCAUGGCGAUCGCAGGAUCGCGCCUGCGGGCUGGAACGCUGUAGGAUAUCCCACGACGGUUGAGCUGAUCUGUCCGCACGACGAAGGCAUGCCAGACCAGGCAGGCAGGCCCAUUGUUGGCAUCCCGUCCCGAACAUUUGGAGGGCUGAUGCGUCGGUUGGCUCAUGAGAAGGGCGACAAUAUCAUGACUGUUUUCGACUGCUGCCAUUCCGGGGGCAUGCAUCGUGGACCUGCCAGUGCCGGUAGGACGCGAUAUUUGUCUGCAGAAAGCUCGAUACCCCGCUUUCCUAUCCCCGAAGACCUCGAUCAGGAGAUCUGGGCCUGGCAGGACCCGGACGCAGGUCGUGGUGUAGCGAUGGUGCCUGUCGUGCAGCCCGACACCGGAUUCUCGAUCCUGGAGGCGCGUUCACAUGUCCUUCUCGCAGCCUGCGCGCCGGAUCAGACGGCGCAGGAACAUAUCAUUCUCGACAAGCCGCGCGGGGUGUUCACGUACCUCUUGCUCAAGCGCAUGCGCAUGAGGCUCGGAGAGCCUGACCUCACGUACGCGCGUCUUAUGAACGCGCUGCGGAAACAGGACCAUCUCGGGCUCUGGGGCCCCGGAGCACCACUCCCAGUGAUGGUGUGGCACUUGCAGACUCCCGUGUGCCUGGGGCAGAACAAACACCGGCUGGUGUUCAGCCUGGACGAGGAACUGGAAGCUGCGAGCACCUUCCCGAUCAGAUAUGAUCGUGGGAUCCUCUACGUCGGAGCAGGCUGCUGCAACAACAUUAUCAAGGGCAUGCAGUUCAUCGUGGAGGUUCCGGUGGAGAUGCGGGGUAGCCUCAAUCUAAAGCAUCUCGUACUCACCGCGGAAAGUGUCGGCGACGUUCAUUGUACCGUUCAGUGCGGCGCGUACGACACAGUGCCACCGGAGAUUGGUGUAGCGCUGGAUGGGAAAGACGCCAUACUUUGCACCGACGUUACCAAGUUGCCACACAUGCGGCGACCGUCGUUGGGGUGAUUCGUGCGUUCGACGGGCUCGGACCCGCCAGCGGAGUCGAUCCCGACGCCCUUCACCCCCAGGCCGUACGACCUCUCUUCCGUUGCGCAAAAUAAUUCCGGCACGUCGCCUCAUGCAUGCAUCUCUUCUUUUCUUUCUUCGCUCUUUCGCGCUCUCAUCCCUCCACGCACCAGGCGGUCGUCUCGGCGCUUCCGCCACUUUGUUACCUGUCUCUCGUGCCCGUUUCCUGCACUCACCUCUGUCUCUCAGCUAUCUUGCUUUACCUCUCUCAACAGAACUGACCCCAUACUGUACCACCAACUCUACCGGCGCGCUCGCG